CAUUAUUGCCGAUUGCACAGUGCGAUUGAAGUUGAAAGAAGAGCUUAUCUAGAGCUGUUCGCGCAAUUGUCAAUUUCCAGAUGUUUAUUAACGAGACACAUCGUAGCAGGAGGUGCCGCGGGGACGUUCGUGGACAUCGCGUUGUUUCCACUGGACACGCUGAAGACUCGGCUGCAGAGUGCAGAGGGAUUUCUAAAGACGGGAGGCUUCGCCGGCCUUUACAAAGGGAUCUGUCCAGUCAUAGUCGGUUCGGCGCCGACAGCCGCGCUAUUUUUUCUAACGUACGAGGAGAUCAAGACUGUAGUGCGACCUAGGAUUUCUGCAGAUUAUUACACCCCACUUCACAUGGGAGCGGCGGCGACGGCGGAAAUGGUAGCAUGUUUAAUACGAGUUCCAGUGGAAGUUAUGAAACAGAGGAGACAGGCACAGAUACAGGACAAAAAAUCGCUCGGACUGAGAUUGUUGUAUCGUGGAUAUUGGAGCACGGUGUUACGAGACACGCCGUUCAGCGUUGUACAGUUUCCAUUGUGGGAGUAUCUGAAAAGGAGCUACAGCUUCUACAUCGGAAGAGAAAUAUAUCCUGUGGAAAGCGCAAUCUGCGGGGCAAUUGCAGGAGGCAUCUCUGCAGCUGUUACCACUCCGUUAGACGUUGCGAAAACGAGAAUAAUGCUGGCAAAUAGGACGUUGCUUUCAUCGGAAUUAAAGAUAUUAAAUGUACUUCAUGGUGUGUAUCUGCAAAACGGUUUUUAUGGACUGUUCGCUGGUUUUGGGCCAAGAGUAAUGUGGAUUACAUUAGGAGGUUUUAUUUUCUUUGGAAUUUACGAAGAAGCAAAAGUACUCACGCAUACCAUAUUUCCAAUGCUGAAAUAAAAUACAAUCGUACUUGUUCUUAUGCGAAAAAAGUGACACUUGUAAGUCAGUAGUUACUUUUUAGUAUUUUGUUACAUGUAUAAAAUGUUUAUUUGUCUUGUAUAAAACCUUCCCGAUGAUUACAAU